AUGACUAUGAUUUUCCUUUCGGUUAGCUAUAAUAUUCGUGCUUAUAAUUUGUUCAUGUGCAUUUCGUUGGGGGAAGGCAGAAGUAUCUCCUCAAGAACCUAUCUUGCGGAGUGCUUAGGUUUUUCUUUUCUUGCAGUAAAACCAAAGACUACAGAUGCGGUUACACAAGUAGGGUCUCUUCCCCGCCUAAGCAGCACUCGGUUUCUACAAUAUGAAGAGCUCAAAGAAGCAACAAACAACUUUGCACCCGCAAGCACGCUUGGGGAGGGCGGAUUCGGCAGAGUUUUCAAGUGUGUUUUAACUUAUGGGACGGCUGUAGCGAUUAAAAGGCUUAUCAGUGGAGGGCCUCAAGGAAAUAAAGAGUUUUUAGUUGAAGUUGGGAUGCUUAGCAUAUUGCAUCAUCGCAAUCUUAUGAAACUUGUAGGUUACUAUAGCAAUCGUGACUCUUCACAAAAUCUGCUUUGUUAUGAGCUUGUUCCAAAUAGAAGUUUAGAAGCCUGGCUCCAAGGUAAUUUGUCUCUCUAA